AUAGACAUUACCCUUGUUUUUAUCCUAAAUUAAAUUGCUUGAUUACCUGACUAAGUAUUUAAUUUAAUUAAUUGUUUGCCUUAGUUGCAAAGAUCACGAACUCAAAUUCUAACGGAGAGUACAUAGGAACUUUGGGGAAAAGGAUGCAAAAGUUAAAAUGAAAAGUUGGAAGUUCAAUAAGUGAAAACUUUUUAGUUUAAGGUCACGAUUGUUUAGGUCACAUAAUUUAGGAGCAUAAUACAAUUUUGAUAACCCAUUUUAUUUUAUCUCUUCGUUCUUUUUUGUUGUUGUCAAUUAUCUUUUCCGUUACUUGUUCGCCGAAAAAGGGGGGAAAGGGCGAUUCUCUCGGGCUAGCAGUUUAGCACAACAAUCUCAUCGCAUGCUGGAACUCCGGCGCCGAUCAGCAACUACUUCUGCGGAACCCUAGUUAUUUGAUUUCAAUUUACGGACACAAAUUCCGGUCGCCGUCCCUCUGCCGAGUUCGCUUCCAGGUUCUUUCCGAAUCUCGAAGAUCGAAGGGAUACUUUUCGGAUGGCUCGACGCUAAUACGAAUGGCACCGGCUCUCAUCUGCAUCCUGCAAAACGUAUGGCCAUUCUCGACGCUCAAGUCCGAUGAUCUCAGAGCUUCCGAUGCUUUGGUUAACAAGCUAUCGAUACCUGAAUCCACAAAGAGAUUUGUUUACGCCGUCCAUGAUCGCAAAUCAGGUUCCGUCAUUUACAUCCUCUCAGUGCAGAAUUUGUCUGAACGGUCGGCUGUAGAUGUAGAGUGUCUUAUUCGGGAGGUUCGGCCCGAAGCUGUGGUGGCUCAGGUUGGGAAUUCAGCUGUGUUGGAAGAUCUCGUGGAAGAGAAUCGUUUGGCAGGUGAUGGUUGUAAUCUGGUUCCCACUUCGUUGUUUGGUGUUCUUAAGCAGUGUUUCGUGCAUAAGAUUAAUAAGGAGAAGUAUGAAAGUUUAGCUGGGAACUUGGUUUUGAAGGAAAUAUUUGGGGUUGGGUUCCAUGGCCACAUUUGGGCUGCCAAUCAAGCUGCCUUAGAAGUUGGCUCAUCCUUUUUAUUGCUUGAAGCCCCAUGCAUUAGAACGCUUAAUGGGGAUAAUAAUGAUGUUGCUACCAAAGAGGUUGAGGAAGUGAGCAAGUUUGAGGGUUUAGUCAGCAGCUUGAUCCCGCAGAAACCAGCUUCUGUUGUUAACUCUAGGGCCUUUUCUCUAUCUGAUAAAUUUCAGUCAAAGAUGGUGAAGCUAUUACCUUCGAGGAAUGGUGUUUCUCCCUCAGAGGCAGGGUUGAGUGGAAUUAAGCUGGAGAACACUUUCCAGGUGCCACCAUUUGCCCAGUCUAUAUAUCCGUUACUUGUUGACCUGCAUAACAUAUUCAUGGAUCUUCCAUCAAUGGGUACGGCCUUGAACUGUUCACAAAAGAUGUUGUAUGAUAUCAGCAGAGGGGAAAGUAUUAACAUGCGAGUUGUAUCUGAAGUGAGCACCUUCCGAGUUGCUGUUGAGGGAUUAAGAAUUGCACUAAACAAUGCUGGUCGGUUACCCAUCAGAAAAUUGAGGCAACCAACUCAAACUAGUGUGGAUUUCUCAGAGCUCCCAGUUGAACAGAAAUCGCAUGCACUCCUUGCUCAUGCCCUUCAAAACCAGAGUGAGAAAUAUAAAACCAUAGUCGCUGUAGUAGAUGCCAGUUCUUUGGCUGGUCUUAGGACACAUUGGAACACUCAUGUACCUCCUAAUAUCAAAGGUCUGAUUGGUGAGCUCAUCACGGAUUGUAAGACCCAUGGGGAAUCUUCAAAUCAGAAGGACAAGAGAUGGCCAUUCUCCGGCAAACCUGCGGUGUCAGUUGGUGCUGGGGCAACAGCAGUUGUGGGAGCUUCAUCUCUGUCUAAAGUUAUUACUUUAUCGACAUUAUCAAAGGUUUUAACAUUCAAGCUCCCAACUUCUCUUAAGCUUAUGGUGUCCCAAGCUAAUAAGGUGAUGGCAUUUGCUUUAACCAAGAGUGGUCCAACAAAAUUUGCUGCUCCUGGGUUGGCAAACUAUAGUGCCAAUGCAACGUCCGUCAUGAAGUCAGCUGUGUCUGCCGAGAAGAUUCGAACAGUAGCCCAUAGCAUGAUAGCAUCAGUAGAAAAGACUAGUUUUUCAGCAAUGAGAACGGCUUUCUAUGAAAUAAUGAGAAAAAGACAAGUCCGACCUGUCGGUUUUCUGCCUUGGGCAACAUUUGGAGGAAGUAUCAUGACGCUGUCAGGAUUGCUAUUAUGUGGAGAUGGAAUUGAAUGUGUUGCUGAAUCUUUUCCUUCUGCUCAUUCAAUUGCUAGCUUGGGUCGGGGUAUCCGAAGCUUGAGGCUGGCUUCUGAGGAAGUUAGGCAGAAUGAUUGCAGAAUACAACAAUCUAUUGAUUCACUGACGUACAGGCUGAAGAAAGUAACUAUUCAAUAAAGGAAAGACACAAUUGCUUGAGUAAUUGAGCGACUUGUCGUUGUGGUUUUCAGACGUUGGAUCCAAUUGUAACUGCCUGCAUGAAUGAUGGGCAAGAGUUCUUUGAUGAAUCUGAAUCCUGGAGCUUGUAGGUUGUUUGUAACACUGUUUUCAAUGACGUCAUAAUUCUGCUGUAUAGCGGGUUUUCCCCAUGUUUCUGUAUUGAUGGGCUUGAAGGUAUGCGAAUAAGCUGCUUGGCAACCAGCUGAUUUUUGGAUAAAGGAACUGCAGUGUGAAGAUAGGAUCUUGACUUUACAGGUUGGUUGGCCCAUCUCUUAAAUUCUUCAUGCAAGUUUAAUGCUUAUGUUUGAUUUUGGUUAGACUUCUGGUUUACUAAAAUAGGUCUGUUAUUCUUUUGAAUUUCUGGGUUAUACUAUUAGUAUAGACAUGACCUUUCUUGUUCUCUAAUUAGACUAACAACUAAAGAACCAUGAAACCAGGAUAUGAGAUAAUGGCUAUAUAUGUGUGAUCUUGUCUAGAGAAUAUGGGCCGAAAUUUAAGCAUGAGGAGGCAAAGUAGUGUACUUAUUGGACUAGAAAAGGCGUUGAGUAUUUAGUAAAAAGUGGAUUGUGAACGUAGGUUGCACGUGGUGGUGAUCUUACUGCAUUUACUUUUUCUGGUGUUGUAAAAUGGAAUGACUGCUGGCUAUCAUCUAAGUUUGCUCAAGAAUUGAGGGGAAAAGAUGAUUUAGCAUUGAUUAACUUGCCUCUUCGAGUCGCUCUAAGUUGGCAUGAGCUCAACAUUGUGGGAGUGCAACAUAUGAAAGCUCGUAAGGCUUGAUUCUUGUCAGCCAUCAUAGAUACCGUUGGGGGAAUAUCACAGUAGUUUACAUUUUGAGGACAAGGAAUAACAGACGAGUUUGAAAAUUGUUCUGCACUUGUUAACCCUUGUGCGCCAUAGGUAAUGUCAAAUUUAGGAAUCAUUGAUGAAAUUAUGUCGAUCGAAUUGCUACUGGGUAACCUUUCUGGCAUCAACAUGUUGGGUGCCUCAAUCUAUUUAUCUAGUAGCCUAACACUCACCGAACCCUUUGCUUUGGCAGAUCUUGGGAUAUUGCUGGAGAGGAACGAUUCCAGAACCUUUGUUCUCCCCUUCCAUCAUGUUGGUCAUUGCGGCCUUCAUGUAUACUAUGUAAAAAUCACUGACAAUCUCUCAACAUUUGAAGCUAGGAAUUCCUAGACCCAGCUGGUUUCAAUCCUUAGAAACAGCGUAGGCGGUGAAACAAUAAUGGCCGCAUGUAUUUUUGCAAGGGAAUUUUUUUUUGACGUUGAUGGUGGUGAAGCAGAAUGGUAUGCACCUCUUCCAACUUCGGCGUCGUCCCUUCUCCCAGUUUCCUUGUUUUUCGUUUAGUCUUUGAUCAUGUGCUAUGUCAUAUACGUACUUGUCUGAUCACAUUUCUGCUUGCUAUUUUCUAGGUUUCAGUUGAAAAGACUCAUCCAAAGUAAGGCAUGUGCAUGUCUUUCCCGGUCAUAGCAAAGAAUGCCUUGAUGAAUGGAGAAGAGGGAGAAAUGUAAGUUGAAAUUCUGGAAAAUCACCAUUAGAGCAGAUGAUGAAAUUUGUGUAAUUAAUUACUCUCUGAAGG